CCCAAAUGGACUUAGAGAAAGAAAGGGAUCAGCUAGAGAAAGCCAGCAAGGACAUUUAUAUUCGCCAGAAAGAACUUGACACACAACUUGCUGAGUUUGAAGGCCAGAAGGAAAGCCUUAAUAGUAUGAAAUAAGGAUCUUGCUGCCAAGCAGAAGGAGUUGGCUCAGUUGAAUGCGGAGUAUAAGGCAAAGAAUAAAAUGUUGAAGGACGUUGAAGGGAAAAUCAGUGACCUUGAUGGGCCUAUGGAGAUGGCUAACUCUAUUGAGCAACUACAAAAACUAAACAAAGAACUAGAGAGUCAACUAAAGAACAAGGGAGCUAGUCAGGUUGAACUUCAACAAGCCAAGGACGACCUGCAAGAUCUCCAAGUCGCUCAUCGAAGGGAAAUCCAACAACUAAAAGAGCAAAACCAGGAAACUGAAGAGAGGCUAAAAGAAAAAUGCUCUAAAGUUAUUCAUGAAAGGGAUACCUUCAAGAAACUUCUUGGCAAUAACACGGUUGAGCUGGAGAACCUCAAGACCGUCCUCACAGCCACACAGCAGAAAUUAGAAGAGGCUAGUGAAGAAUGGGAGGAAAAGGUCCGUAUCGAGAAAGCCAGAGCAAAAGAUGCAAUAAAAUAAGCAAUCCCAGAUUGAAAUCCAGCUAGGUCAACUCUCUGAUAAAUUGAGUGAAGAGAUUGACCUUCGCAAAAUAGCUGAGAAAGAAGUUGGUGAUCUCCAGGAAGCCAUGAAGAAGAAGGAUAAGAAGUUUGCUGCAUCUAAAGCUUCAUACGAGUCUGAAAUUGAAGACCUACGUGAACAGUUACGCGAGAGCAACAAGUUUGAGCGUGUCCUUGAACGUGAAAAAUUAACACACAAUGAAAUUUUGUCAGAUAGAGAUAGCAAAAUAGGCAAGCUUGAGGACAGAAUUCGUACCCUCAAAUCAAAACUAGCCGAGUCAGAAUCCUUAAGGAAAGAAUUAGAGGAAAAAUUGUCCCAAAAGACAACUGACCACACCACUGAACUUAAAGAUUUACAGGUGAAACUUUACUCUCAAACUGAAGAAUUCAAGCAGAAAAAUAAAUUGCUUCAAGAAUCUAAGAGUAAAUUCAAACAAGAAGCUCAAAGAAUUCAGAAAGAGAAAGACAUUCAAGAGCAAGUCUUUAAGGAAUCUGAAAAGAAUUAUAAGGAAAACUUAAAGGAUCUGAGAGAAAAGAAACAAAAAGCUGAGACUGAUUUAAUGCUUAAGAAUGAUCAAAUGGUUGCACAGAAGCAAAAGCAUAUUGAAAAGACUAAUAGAUUGAAUAAUAAAAUAACUAAUCUUGAACAGAAGCAAGAGAUAUUAGAGCAAGAUCUUGCUCAUUCAAAAUCUGAUUUGAAAAGACAGGCUCGUAAACACCAGACAGAAAUUGACGACCUGACCGAAUCCCUCAAAUCUGCUGCCAAAAAGCUUACUAAAGCGUCAAAUUUGGCUUCAAAAUAUAAAUCUGCACGUGACGAAGCUGAACUCCAAAUAAUGAAACUUGAGACCGAACUAAAGGCCACAAAGACUCUCCUCACCGAGCGCAAUAGAGAAUGCAAAGAGGUCUCUGCUGCAAAUGAAACUCUUGAAUCAAAGAACGCUAGAUUACGCAAAGAGAUAAUCACUGCUGUGAAGGAACGUAACGAUGCUGAUACCCUUGCUCGGGAUAAGAAAUUCAGCUCUAAUAUAAAAGCGCAGAAGAUAAAGGUACUCAAGAAGCAAAUCCGUAAGAAAAAGAGGAACAAGCUGGUGGCCUCACAAGCCAAACUUGAUAAAGAUACAGAUUAUUUGGACAAGGAGUAUGCCCUCUCUGGAAUGAAUAAUGACAUACAGUCCAAUAUGGGGCUCAGUAAUGUCAAGAGCCACAGAGUUCUACCUCAAGGUCUGUCUAAGUUAUCCGCUUACAAAGGCGAAGAAUCUGAUAGUGGCGUCAGUGACAUCAAUGAAGAUGACUAUUAUGAUAGCCAGUUUGAAAGAGAUAAUAAGGAUGUACAUCUUCCGAAGAUACUUGGUAGAACACCUAACAUGCCAACUUCUCCUAGCCUUGCUGGUAGCAGAAGAUCCUCAGCUAAGGGUAAAGGCAAUGUGUACAAGAGCUGGAUGCCAGAGGAUGAUGAACUCAAAAUGAUUGAAUAA